GGGGGCGCGUUGUGGUGCAGUCGGGCUGGGGAACCUUGACUGGACGGGUCCAACUCUGCCAAGGAAAGCUUGCAUCUUAUUAGCAAUGCGUGUUGACAUUUGCCUAAUUGUUGGUGUUCAUGUCCACUGCCGGAAAAAAAAAGUUUUCUUGGGGUUAAUCCAAUCUUGAAAGCUUCUAGCUUUCCCCGCGUGCUGUAAGGCUUUCCCCAUGUGCGGUUGCCGGACCAAGACGUCUUGGCAGACACGUUAUUCUCACGUUUCCAGAACUUGAGCUUUUUUGGGGUGUUAUGCACCUUUUAUCCCGUAUAAUGUUCUAUUUUACUAUCCAUUAUACUGUCAUACUGUCCUCUUAAGAGAGAGGAGAGGGGAUCAAUGUCUGUCUGACGAAAGGGUGUCAAGAUGAUGAAGCCAGGCUCUUCCCGGUGAUGCCAAGCAACAGGGCAUGAGGCAGUGGGCAGAAACUGAUACACAGAAAAUUCCACCUGAAUAAGAGGAGGGACUUGUUUACUGUGCAGUUGACCACGCACUGGAACAGAUUAACCAGAAAAGUUGUGGAGUCUCCCUCACUGGCGAUACUCAAGAACUGUCUGGGUACAAUUCUGUGCCAUGUGCUCCAGGAUGAGCCUGCUUGAACAACGAGGUUGGACCAGAUAACCAGACUACUGUGGUGGUUCCUUCUAACCUGACCCAUUCUGUGAUUUUGCAUUUCGUGAAACACCGAGGAGGCUGGAAGGCUACUGGGGAGCAAGAAUGUCCGUGUCAAUUGCCUGGAUGAGCAUGGCAUGACCCCUCUGAUGCACGCAGCUUACAAGGGGAAGGUGGACAUGUGCAGAUUGCUCUUGAGACACGGAGCUGAUGUAAACUGCAAUGAACAUGAGCAUGGAUACACUGCCUUGAUGUUUGCUGGACUUUCAGGAAAUAAAGAAAUCACCUGGAUGAUGUUAGAGGCUGGAGCAGAAACUGAUGUUGUCAACUCUGUGGGAAGGACAGCAGCUCAGAUGGCUGCUUUUGUGGGUCAACAUGACUGUGUGACUGUCAUCAACAACUUCUUUCCACGUGAAAGGCUGGACUACUAUACUAAACCACAAGGCUUAGACAAAGAACCAAAACUUCCAGUAAAAUUAGCUGGGCCUCUGCAUAAAAUUAUUACUACUACCAACAUGCAUCCUGUUAAGAUUGUGUUGCUGGUGAAAGAGAACCCUCUGUUGGCCGAAGUAGAAGCACUGCAGAAAUGUUACAGGGUUCUGGAUCUCAUUUGUGAGAAAUGCAUGAAGCAGAAAGACAUGAAUGAAGUUCUUGCUAUGAAAAUGCACUAUAUCAGUUGCAUCUUCCAGAAAUGCAUUACAUUUUUAAAAGAGCGAGAGGAUAAACUAGAUGGGUUUAUCAAAAGCCUCUUGAAAGGGAGAGAUAAAGAUGGUUUCCCUGUGUAUCAAGAGAAGCUAAUUCGAGAAAGUAUCCGGAAGUUUCCUUACUGUGAAGCUACAUUGCUCCAGCAGCUUGUGAGAAGUAUUGCUCCUGUUGAAAUAGGCUCUGACCCCACAGCUUUUUCUGUGCUUACACAAGCGAUUACUGGCCAAGUGGGUUUUGUGGAUGCUGAAUUCUGUACAACUUGUGGGGGAAAGGGAGCAGACAAAAGAUGCUCAGUAUGUAAAAUGGUGAUCUACUGUGACCAGAACUGCCAGAAAAUACACUGGUUUACCCACAAAAAAGUCUGCAAGAUCCUGAAGGAAAUUCAUGAGAAACAAGAACUAGAAGCUGCCAAAGAGAAAAGGAAGCAAGAAAAGAAGCAAAAGAAAGAUGAAAUGCAACUAGUAGAGGGUAGUUCUACAAGUGAACAACAGUCAGAUUCCGAUCCAGAUCCUACAAAAGAAAUGGAUCCAAAUCAUCCUACUGAAGGAACAGAAGAACCUGAAUUUACCAAAGAGAUGGAGGCAUUAGCCCUACAACCUGAAAGUCCACUGGAAAGUGAAACUGCCUUAGAUGACAUUGAUCUUCAAAAAAUUCAAGAUUCUGAGGAGUAAGAAGAGGUUAGGAAGGGACUGAGAGUUCUCAAGGGUACUAAAGAAUUUUUUGUGCUGACCAUGUCUGAGUUCUUGGAGCAUGGUUUAUGCAAGACUUCCUUUAAAAGACAUCUCUGUUCAUCAAGAGAUAGAAUACUGGCUACUUUGUCUAUAAAUACUCCAGGUUUUGUUAUAAAUUGUCAAGAUAGGUAUUUAUUAUCUGCUAAAAAUUAGUGGCAUAGAUCCAUCUGUAUGUAUACCAACAAUAAGGCUAGUGAAGCUGGAGUUUCUGUGGCUAAUGAACCACUUAGUGAAAAAUGAACAGCAUUUGAUUUGGAUUCAUGUUUUCCAAAUUUAUUUUAACAAUAAUUUAAUUUUUUUUUCCUGCAAGUACAUAGACCUGUAAUUAAAAGCACCAGAAGGCCAAAUGUUAAAUUGGGGUGUUUUUUUCAGCACUUUAUGAAGCUUUAUCUGAAGGAAUUCAAUAGCAAUUAAGUUUCUGAAGAUUCUCAUCUGAACUCUCAACUUUUCAUGACAUUACUGUAAAUAUUUUUGACUAGUGAAAGCACAACAAUAAUGUCUAUUUUGUGGCAAUUGUAGUAAAUGAAACUGCUGUUUCAGGUGUCUGAAGCUGAUGGUGAAAUGUGUAUUUCACUAUUGGUUUGGUCAGAAAUAUUCCAAAGUCUAAUGAAGGGAAGACCUGAAUGAGUCAAAAUAUUUUGACUGACAAGAGUAAUGCAUUCUAAAUAUUUUUUCUGGUAAAGAUGCCUUAGAGCACAGUGGGAUGUUUGUUGCUUAUGAAUUAUUUCAUAAACAAAAAAUGCUUAAUAUUUUUCAUGCUGAACUGGUCACAGUGAAUUAGAUGAGAAAAUUCAUGUGUGCAUUGAUACAACUGGGAUUUCACUUGGGCUUUCAGCUGAAUAUCAGAUCUAGAAAAUAGCUUCCCUCAACUUUGUUUUUCACUCAGAUUUAUUUCUGUGUCUCAUGAAAUCAGUAGGAAUGCCACAAUUGAAAAUACCACUUGCUGCCUAAGGAUGGCAAAAUCAGAGACUGUCUUAUUGUCAGCUGAAUCACUGGUGUUCUAAACAUGGCAGUGUUCUUCUAAUUAGAGGAGUAAGAACCAUCCUCAAAACAGAGGGAAAAUGCUAUUAUUUUUUCUUUACUAUUUAAUAUGUUGAAAGUUUUUGUUUAGUAUUCUGAAAACUGUAAGAGUGAGGAUACAUAAAUGCACCUGUGCAGGGAAUGUACCUGUGUUUGAAUUUCAAGGAUUAGUAGCUUGUGAAGAAUAAAGAGAAAUUUUUUAAAAGAA